UUCCUAUCCAGUUGACCAGUUUCUCACUUUUUUCUCUACUUUCUCCGCUAACCCAUUUCCAUAUCUCACAAUCUCUGUUGCUUCUUUACGCUUUCCUUGUACGGACUACAUCCCUCCAUGUCAGAAAAUGAAACACCAUUCUUGGGGAAAGAUGGUGGUGGUUCGGAAAUGCAGCUCAAACGCUUCCACUUUUGGCUGCUAUCAGCUCUUAAUAUCAUUUUCAUUCUUGCUGGUCAGGGGGGCGGUAUUAUUCUUGGAAGAAUUUAUUAUGAUAAUGGUGGAAAUAGUAAAUGGAUGUCCACUCUUGUUCAAUCAGCUGGUUUCCCUGUUCUUUUGAUUCCUUAUUUUCUUAUACCGUUGUCCAAAGAACACUCAGAUUCAUCUAACCAACCUCCGCCUCCUGUGAUCAAAGUUACCAUUAUGUAUUUCUUACUUGGUGCCCUGACAGCCGGGGAGAAUAUGCUGUAUUCUGUUGCUUUGUUGUACCUCUCGGCCUCGACCUAUUCCCUCAUAUGUGCAACGCAGCUAGCCUUUAAUGCAGUUUUUUCUUUCUUCAUUAAUGGUCAAAAAUUUACCGCGUUGAUUUUUAACUCCGUGAUUACCCUUACAUUAGCUGCUUCUCUGCUAGCCAUAAACGAGGACUCUGAUAAGCCUUCGGGUGUCACUAGGUGGAAAUAUAUGUUUGGAAUUAUAGUUGCUACAGCAGAUUCUGCACUGUACUCCCUCAUACUCUCACUGAUGCAACUUUCAUUUCAGAAAGUUAUAAAAAAAGAAACGUUUCAUGUGGUUCUGGAAAUGCAAAUAUUUGUAUCUCUGGUGGCCGCUGGCAUCUCCACCACCGGACUGUUUGCUAGCGGGGAAUGGAGGACUUUGUCGGGAGAAAUGCACGCUUUCGCUGCAGGAAAAGCGGGCUACGUGCAGGUGUUGGUGUGGGCAUGUUUAGGAUGGCAGGUUUGUGCUGUUGGCGUCGUGGGUUUAAUCUUUGUGGUGUCGUCGCUAUUCUGCAACGUUAUCAGCACGCUCUCGUUGGCUGUUACACCCAUCGCUUCGGUGAUCAUCCUGCAUGACAAGAUGAAUGGUGUCAAGAUAAUUGCCUUGCUAAUGGCAAUGUGGGGUUCUGGAAAUUACAUAUAUCAGAACUACUUGGAUGAUCUCAACGCAAGAAAAACACAUCUUGCUUCUGCUGAUACUGCAACUAAUAGUUCAUCUGGUAGUGGAGAUGCUGUGUAGUGUAUAGUUAACUCAUUGUUUAUUGUAUCUAUCAUUGUUUAUUGUAUCUAUCUACUCAAGUUGUAUCUAUCUAUCUAUACAUCUAUUCAAGUUGCUAGUCCA